AUGAAACGCAAUGAGGCUAUGGACCGUACUGAAAAGAAAGUCCAAGCAGUUGAGGAUAAAAGCAACAAAGACUACGAAGCAACGGAUAUGCGCGCUGAUGAAGACGAAAAGCCAGAAAAAGCUUACUACGCUUUUUAUUCGGGUAAUGAGUCUAAUGUGAUCCCAUGCACUAUUGGUGGUGUGAAAAUUGAAAUGCUGGUAGACUCCGGAGCGGAUGCAAAUCUCAUCAGUGACAGCGCAUGGAUCAAUCUGAAGAACGAACGGGUCUCUGUUGUUUCCUCUACCAAAGGCAGCUCUCGCAUUCUUCGUGCGUACGGUAGUGAAAACCCGUUAGAGGUGCUUGGAUCUUUCGUAGCAAAAGUGGCAGUGGGACUGAAGGAAGCAACAGCAGAAUUCCUGGUGGUGCGAGGCGGUCAACGUUGCUUGUUGGGUGAUAAAACUGCUAAGUUGCUCGGCGUCUUGAAAGUUGGUUUGGAUAUCAAUGUAGUCAAAAGAGAGCAAACUCCUUUUGCAAAGAUUCGAGGAAUCAAGGCACAUAUUCAUUUGGAUCCAAAGUUUGUGCCAGUUUUUCAGCCAAUGCGUCGUAUUCCAAUUCCAAUGGAACAAGCGGUAAACCAAAAACUGACUGAGUUGAUGAAUCGUGACAUAAUCGAAUUGAAGUCUGGACCGGCUAGCUGGGUGUCUCCAUUGGUGGUGGUUGGUAAGACGAAUGGCGAACCACGAUUGUGCCUUGAUCUGCGUCGAGUAAAUGAAGCAGUCUUGCGUGAACGACAUCCAAUGCCAGCAGUGGACGACUAUUUGGCACGUGUUGGUAAGGGCAAGAUAUGGAGCAAAUUGGACAUCCGUGAAGCUUUCCUGCAAAUUGAGCUGGCGGAAGAAUCACGAGACGCUACAACGUUCAUCACUCCUCAAGGACUUUUCCGUUUCAAACGUCUACCUGAUCCAUUGUUCCAGAAGGCGAUGGAUGAAAUUCUCACCGGAUGUGAAGGUACAUCUUGGUAUAUCGAUGACGUAAUUGUAGAAGGAGAGACUUUGGAGGAACAUGACGAACGGCUGCAGAAGGUACAAUAA